UAAGUGGUCGUGUUUAUGGAAAAAUUGAACUUGAAUUAUCGGCGUUCGCGAUACGAUGGCCAUGUACGGGUCGUUGGAUACGGGUCGACCUGGACGAUGACAAUGGACGUCGCGUCUCGUAAAUCAAGUGCCCGGCCGGCACACUCGAGGGGUCGAAAAGGGCGGGAGUUGAAUUUAAACGCACCGUUCGAGCCGGUUCGCAAUUAAAAUUCGCACCGAUGAUGAGUUUCCUUCGCGGAAAAACACUUGACGCGUAAAUCUCGCGUCGAAAAUUGAUCGUCGCUUGCGGAAGCUAUGCAUCUUUAACGCGCUUCGGUAGGAUUCUAUCAAAAGUGUCUUAUAUAUAGGGAGGCGUACUACAUGAAAACGGAGCUUAAUAUCGGCCGAUCGCGAUCGCCGGUUGACAUUCGCGGAACGUGCGACGCAAAAUUGACUCCGGGGACGAUUAUCUCGCGCUAUCUCGAUUCGAACAGUUUCGAACGACUGUGGCGGAAGAGGAGGAGGAGGAGGAGAAGCGACCGGCACGCGCGCGACAUGAUCAGGGAGGCGAGGGGGUGGCGUCGUAUCCGUAGACGACGCUGGCAGCACCGGCAGCGCGCCGCGGUCCGCGGCUGCUCAUAGCAUAGCCCCGCGCCUCCUCGCACUUCUCGCUCGUGCCAGUUUUGCGUCGAGACGGCUCGAGGCCGUGUGGUAUACGACGGUUCGUAAAGUUGGAUCGGGUGCGCGACGUCAGGGACGGGGUGAUCAAGCCCGUCGUGGCGAGAGAAAAGGGGAGGAUCGCGGAGAAGAGGUUGUGACACGUCGGUGACAAGUGCGCGCGGGCCAGGAACGGGGACGUCGCGGCAUGCCGUGUACUCGCGGCGCGUCAUCGCGGCGAUUUGAUUCGAUAGGCGCGAGCAACGUUAAGAAACGCGGCAGAGGAGAGUGGCGACGUGCGACGACGACAACAACGAGAACGACGACGACGACGACGACGACGACGAGGACGAGGAGGACGCUGCGUGCUUGGUCGCGCGGCGAGACAAAGGCGGCGUGGUGAGAAGCGAGACAAAGAGCAGGUGCGAGAGAGAAAGAGAGAGAGUGAGAGAAAGAAAGAGAGGGCGAUCGAGUGGCGUUGGCGGCGAGAGAUCGUCGUAGCGCGCUCUUUCUCUCUCUCUCUCUCGCGUGCGAGCGCACCGCUCUCCGCUUCUCAGUUACGGGUAGCGCGUCGAUACGAGCUACCGCGGUGUUUCGAAGCGCGGCAGCGGCGGCCCAGGAUGCUGCCCGACGUAGCAAGAAGAUGGCCGUGAUCGGCGAAUGCAGGUAUCACGCGGCGGUCCGUGCGAACCCGUACACGGAGUUGUUAUCGUGUCAUAGGUCCGAGGGUCAGGCCGAGACAGCGGUAACGUCGCCGUUACCGUCACCCUCGUCCUCGUCGUCCUCGUCGUCGUCGUCGUCCUCGGCGUUGGCGCGCCGUCGACGGCAUAGGAAAAAAGGUAUAGCGGGUCACUCGCCGCCGCCGCAAUUUACGAUGACGUCCUCGCGCGGAAGCGGCCUGGAAUCCGGCGAGUUUAGCGAUCCCGACGACGAUUACCUGGACACGGAUCCGCUCUGGUACGAGCUGCGCAACAUAAAGAGCAUCAUUAAUGUCACGCGGCAGAAUAUCGACACUCUGAACAAUCGCUUCGCCGGCUUGAAACAUCCGCCUUCGAUUUAUCUGAAUGAGUAUCAGGAACUAACGAGUAAGUUGCACAAGCUCGAAUCCGAGGAGCAGAAGCUUAACGAGCUGUUGAAUGCCAGGAGAAUUUCUAGUAGUGUCUCCAUAUCGGAAAGUGACAACAGUACAGCUAGAGGCCCUAGAACACCGGUAAAGUCCUUUAAUACACUGAGGGCGUAUCUACCUAAUCAGCAACGUACCAGCGUGCAAGUGAGAGAGGGACUCUCCUUGAGAGAUGCACUGGCCAAAGCGAUGAAGCUUCGAAAUCUCACUACUGAGAUGUGCGCAGUCUACGUUAUGGGGAUGGAUAGCUCCAAGUACUUGAUACGUUGGGACGUGGACAUUUCAUCGUUGGAAUGUGACGAAAUACUGGUGGAGAUUUUGGAUAAGUUUCCUAUAACCACUUCCAUUUCGCACAAUUUUGUGCGUAAGACAUUUUUCUCGCUAGCCUUUUGCGAAUGCUGCAGAAAGCUGCUCUUUCAAGGAUUUUAUUGCAGAACAUGUAAUUACAGAUUUCAUCAGAGAUGCGCGGGUGGUGUGCCUGCUCUAUGUCAUCAGGUACGCAUGCAGGAUGCUUACUAUCAAGCAUUACUCGCGCAUAAUCCAGAGACUACCGCUGGAAUCUUGCAACUUCCCUCUGGUUACGGAUUGGGUAGUAGUAUGUCUCCCUCUCUGGCUCCAUCGAGAAAUCAGAGGCAUCCACGUUCCUUGGGCCAGCAAGAUCGAUCUAGCUCAGCACCUAAUGUCUGCUUUAAUAUGGUUAAGCCAGGUGGUGAACCUAUCAACCUAGAUGAGUAUAGUAGAUCCCAGAGUUUAGGUAGACCUGUCAGUACUAUUCAAAGUCCUGUGUCACCUGGCAGUAGUCCAACGAAGCAUAGUCAGUCCACACAGGCUAGUCCGACAAAUACUUUAAGGCCGAAACGACCAAGAGCAAAAUCAGCCGACGAAUCUUCAAAGAAUCUCUUAGCGCCAAGGGAGUCUAUUGAGGAUUGGGAAAUUCCAGCGGAUGAGAUUCUAGUAGGGCCACGUAUCGGAUCAGGAUCAUUUGGAACUGUAUACAAGGCUCAUUGGCACGGACCUGUUGCAGUGAAAACACUCAAUGUUAAAAUUCCCACAUCUGCACAGUUACAAGCAUUCAAAAAUGAAGUGGCCGUUUUACGUAAAACUCGACACGUGAAUAUUUUGCUGUUUAUGGGUUGUGUCAGCAAACCACAGCUUGCGAUUGUGACACAAUGGUGCGAAGGCUCGUCUCUGUAUAAACACUUGCACGUAUUUGAGUCCAAGUUUGAAUUGCUGACAUUGAUAGAGAUUGGAAGACAAACUGCGCAAGGCAUGGACUAUUUGCACGCAAAGAAUAUCAUUCAUCGAGACUUGAAGAGUAACAAUAUAUUCCUACACGUAUUGCAAAUGUUUGCUCGAUGUGGAAUGUGA